AAUCCCAGUCUUAGAACAUUGUUCUCAAUUAGAAUUCGUUUUCAUUUACUUUUAUCAAGUCGCAUUUGCGUUUGCCUUUUGUUUACGACAGAUUGCACUUGGGGCAGGGGGCCAACAAGAUUGUUGAUUAUGCAGAAAAUAAAGUAAAACCACAAGAAAAAAGAAAUGAAAAGAAAAGUGUGACAACCACCACAUUCAUACGAAAUAAAACAAAACAAGUUUAAACGCUCCAGCAGCGAAUAUCGCGUCCAAUUUGUUGACUGUUGGCACCUGCAUGAACUUCAUUAAGCAAUUCGCAUUGCAGCCGAGCAGACGCAUUGCAGCGCCUCCCAGCGGACAAAAAUUGUGGGCGACACAGAAACUGGGCAACAGUAAACGAAUGGCUAGCUUGGACAAUUCCGUCCACUCGGCGGGCAUUGAGGAGGUGCAUAAUGUGCCAAUGAGCGUUAUUAAACGGCCGAUACCCUCCGUCCUAGAUGAGAUGAAAGUUCAAUCACUCAUGGCCACCAUUGAUGCGGAAACUAACGCGGAUGAUGUGCCGCCAGUUGACAUCUUAUGGAUUACCGGUAGCGAAGGCGGCAACUAUUAUUUCAGCUUUGGUGGCUGCCAUCGCUUCGAGGCACACAAACGGCUCAAUCGGGAAACCAUAAAAGCAAAACUAGUCCGAUCCACAUUAGGUGAUCUUUAUCACUACAUGGGCUCCAGUGCGCCGAAGUAUUUGGCCUAGUUUCAUUGCUUGCUUUUUUGUUAUUUUUUUCUAAACUGUUUACAAACGCCUUUGAUAUGCGU